AUGAAGAACUUGGCGUUGCUGCUAAUCGCUUAUAUUUCAGGUAAGUUUUUACCAAAGUCCAUAAUUCAUACUGAGUUUCUUUGCGGUAUUUAUUCAGCAUCCUCCAGCGCUUUGCAUAUUAGAAGCCCCACCGCACCGUUGAAGAGAACGGAAAGAGACAUUCUAACCGGAAUAAAAGAAAGAUACCAGGAACUGAUGAACAAGAUCAUCCAGAAUUGCAAAGCGAACGAUUUGGACGAGCAAGGCGCCGCCCAUCUGCAGGAAUUGUACGAUAAAAUGCGAGUAUGCAUAUCCGAAAAUCAACUGUACUCUAUAUCGCGAGAUGAAUACAUCCAGCACAUUACUCGGUGUAGCCAAGAUGCUAGAAGGGCCACCACGACUUGUUUGCGCAGCAAUCAGAAAUGGUUCCCGGAUUUCGCCCUGAAUUUGGCUAUAAGCAUUGUAAAUUUCCUCUACGAAUACAAAAAAGUUAUGAUCGUGGAAAUUCCGUAUUGUCUAGCGCAAUUUAAGAAUUUCGACGUCCAAUUAUCGUACGCGCAGUGCUUGUUAGAACACGAGAAAGACUCCACCGAAUACAGAUCGAGCACCAUUUUCUCCGAUACACCGGAGGAGUUGUGCAGGAAAUUCCUACGCACUUCAGAAUGCUUCUCGAAAGUGGUGAAUCUAAAUUGCGACAUGACUCCUACGCUCACGAAUUUCGUCGAAGAAUUCGCCAAAUCGAGAGCGAAACCCUGUGAAUAUUACAUGUAA